AUGGGCAGAGCCAGGGCUCCUGAAGGGGAGAUGAGCAACCAGGCCCCUGCCAGCCUCUGGGACGGGAAUGGAGAUGGAGACUUUGAGCUGCUCCAGGACCUGGCGUGGUACCACGGAGACCUCUCACGCCAUGCUGCUGAGGCCAUGCUGCUUUCCAAUGGCCGUGAUGGCAGCUACCUGCUGCGGGACAGCCAGGAUCGGCCUGGGGUUUAUGCCCUGUCUGUCAGGGCAAAAGACUCUGUGAAGCACUUUCAUGUUGAACACACCGGAUAUUCAUUUAAAUUUGGCUUUAAUGAAUUCUCAUCUUUGAAGGAUUUUGUCAAGCAUUUUGCAAAUCAACCUCUGAUUGGAAGUGAGACAGGCACCCUGAUGGUCUUGAUUCACCCCUACCCUCGGAAGGUGGAAGAACCGUCCAUCUACGAGUCCGUGCGCGUCCACACAGCCAUGCAGACUGGGAGGACUGAGAAUGACCUGGUGCCCUCUGCACCCUCUCUGGGCACCAAAGAAGGCUACCUCACUAAACAGGGAGGCCUGGUCAAGACAUGGAAAACCAGAUGGUUCACAUUGCACAGGAAUGAACUGAAGUACUUCAAGGACCAGAUGUCUCAAGAGCCCAUUCGGAUCCUAGACUUGACAGAAUGUUCAGCUGUACAGUUCGAUUACUCGCAGGAAAGAGUGAACUGUUUUUGCUUAGUGUUUCCAUUCAGGACCUUUUAUCUCUGUGCAAAGACAGGUGUGGAAGCCGACGAAUGGAUUAAGAUCUUGCGCUGGAAACUGUCUCAGAUCCGGAAACAGCUUGACCAGAGGGAAGGAACCAUCCAAUCCCGGCCCUUCAUCUUCAAAUAG